CAGAAGUAGCGCUGACCCCAGGAACAGCUGCCAAAUGAGCGGGAGCGGCGUGCGAUCAUGUGACACCCUGAGCCUCUGUUGUGUGGUGCACACGUGACCCUCUACCCGGGCUAACAUGGCGGCGCCCUUUGAGCUCGUGUUGAGCACGGAUGCUUCUGGACAAGUUGCUAAUUGUUCGGCAUGGGAUCCGCAGACAGGAGCGGUCCUGCUCAGCUAUCGUGGAGGGAACAGCUCGCCCAGGGGCCUGGUGAUGCUCGGGGGACAGUAUCUGCUCGGAGGGCAACUAGGGAAGAACUACAUCAAUGUAUGGGAACUACAAAGAAAGGACCAGCUGCAGCAGAAGAUCGUGUGCUCGGCCCCGGUGACUUGUCUAGCAGCGUCCCCUAAUGGACUGUAUCUAGCAGCUGGCAUUGCGGAAAGUAUCUACCUCUGGGAGGUUUGCACAGGUCAUCUACUUGCUAUUCUUAAUAGCCACUACCAGGAUCUCACCUGCCUUACGUUCACAGAUGACAGCAGUCACUUCCUGUCUGGAGCCAAGGAUAGUCUUGCUCUUGUGUGGAACAUCUUCAGUGUCUUGCAGGCUGAAGGAUCUCGAGGGCCUGAACCUCGUCACAUGUGGACCCAACACUCGCUCCCUAUAACUGAUGUGCAGUGUGGCACUGGAGGGCCCCAAUCCCGAGCAGUUACUUCUUCCUUGGACCAGACAGUUAAGCUUUGGGAUAUUGCAUCCGGGGAGCUUCUGGUAUCUGUCCUCUUUGAUGCUCGGAUCAUGUCAGUAACAUUUGACCCAGCUGAAUAUCAUUUAUUUUGUGGGGGAAGUGAUGGCUCCAUAUUCCAGGUGGAUCUCUUUGAAUGGCCAGUGCAGCGAGAAAAAACUUUCAAUACUGAACAGGAGAGGGUUUUUAAAGGACACAGAGACCAGGUGACAUGUCUUUCCGUAUCAUUAGAUGGGAGUAUGCUAGUAUCAGGGUCCCAUGAUGAGACCGUAUGUGUUUGGGACAUUCAAAGCAAGCAGUGUCUACGUACAGUAAACCAUAGAGGUGCAGUGACCAAUGCUUUCAUCAUACCUGCACCAGGAAACAUGUUACGAGCAGACAGUAAGCCUAGCUUUCCCCUCCCUCGCUUUAGUAAACACUUUCAGGGUGCAGAAGGCUGCGAGGGUCCGGAGAGUGAUGGCAUCAUAUUGCGACUUGGGAAACAGCAACAAGGAUCGGAGGACACAUACUUACAGCGUGCAGAUCAGUUGCAUGCCUUGCUAGGUGAAACGGAAGGCAAGAACCUUUCCGGCAUUGUAGAGCAGCUUCGCUCUCGAACAUCAGAACUUGAGGAUGAGCUAAAUAUGGUUCGGAAAAUAAACAAAGAUCUUUUUGACUUCUCGGCAAACAUCAUCACCAAAACCUGACCUGGUCAAUGAAAUAUACUAAGAAAGGACAAUUUUUUCUUUCUUUUUUUAUCACCCCCUACAACCAGAAUUUUUCAUGUAUCUUAGUUAUUUUUCUCCCUUGCCCCUCCUAGGAGUACUAUAGUAUAGUAUCAAGCACUUUUAUAGACCAAUGUGGAUUUUUCUACAAUCAACAUAUAUGGUCCUAUUGAAGUGCAUUAGCACAAAUCUUAACAUUGGUUUCAGUUCAUGUUGAAUAGGAUUUCUUGUUGUGUAGGGUUAUUUUUCUUUGUUUUUGUUUUUCUGCCUCAUUAUUAUUCAAGAAUUGUAUUGGCAUACUGUAACUAACUGAAUUUUUCCUUAUGGUAUUCUGGGUUCUCAAGGAGUAUUGCUCAGGCCACAUUUAAAUUUCACAUUUAAAUGUCUGAUACAGAUUGGCACUAAGCCAAGGGGCUAAUGUGUUUAAAGGGAAAGUGUCACAUUAAAAUAUAUAUGAAAUA